AUGUCCGGAGAGACCAAAGCCCCCUCCUCCUAUGAGGGAGACGAGGAAGAGGAAGAGGAGGUGGAGAGCGACUCCCCCCGCAAGGGGAGGAAGAAGAAAAGGGCGGCCACCGAAGACCCUCAGGGGGAGACGGACAAGAGGGGGAAAUUGACCCUUCAGGAUAGUUCGGACUCUGAUGCCGAACUGGUCUCUAAAAGACCUCCCAGGGCGAAGCCCCUGGCCGAAAGCCCUCCCCGCGACCUCCCGAACACUUCGCUAUCGGAGGGGAGUUCUCUGCCGCCUGAGAUGGCGAAGAGCGAGAUGCCGCCACGAGCCCCCUCGCCCCUCACCGCGGAUGACACCGAGGUAUUAUCCCAAAGGACCUCUCCUGGCCAUGGAGGGGCGGGCGAGGCUGUCGAGAAGGAGACCGAGGUUGGUGCAGCCAACGUCGAGACCCUCAAAGGCGCCCUUGCCCAAGCCCAACAAGAGGCGAAGGCAAACAAGGCAGCCGCUGAUAAAGCGUCUGCAGAGCUGAAGACCGAACAGGCUGCCCGCCGACAACACGAAGCUCGGGUAGCCAAGGUCGAACAUGAGCUGAAGGACUCCAUCCUCAAAUGCGAGGGUCUGGAGGAGAAGGUUUUGGCCCAAUCGUCCGAACUAGCGAAAGCUCUCCAGGAUGCUAAGGCGGCACGGGUCGAGUCCCGAAGUGCUCGCGAGGAGAUCCACCAUGCGAAGCAAAUAGCAGCUGAUCUUCCGAAGAGUGCCGCCGAUGCCGCGCAGUUCUUCCGACCCCAAGAGUGGAACUCGACCGAGAAGCUGUUCUAG